UUCACAUAGGCAUUUGGAAGGAACAGUAUCGAUUGACCGACGUGCGCGAUCUCCAUUUCUUGAAUACUAGUUUAGUGGGAUUCUUUGUAUAUUCUGUAGUGAAGGGUAUUUGACCCUUUAAAAUUAUCCAAAAUGGUUAAAAUGGAGCAUGAUGAUGGUAAAAAUGAACCAGAACAUGUUAGGAAAUUAUUUAUUGGUGGUUUGGAUUAUAGAACUACAGAUGAUUCUUUAAAGAAACAUUUUGAGAAAUGGGGAGAAAUUGUUGAUGUUGUUGUAAUGAAAGAUCCAAAAACUAAACGAUCUAGAGGAUUUGGAUUUAUUACUUAUUCACGUGCACAUAUGGUAGAUGAUGCUCAAAAUGCAAGACCACAUAAAGUAGAUGGACGUGUAGUUGAACCUAAGAGAGCUGUUCCUAGACAAGAAAUUGGUAGACCUGAAGCUGGUGCAACAGUGAAGAAAUUAUUUGUAGGUGGUUUAAAAGAUGACCAUGAAGAAGACGAUCUUAAACAAUAUUUUCAAAGUUAUGGCACUAUAAAUUCGAUCAGUAUUGUAACAGAUAAAGAAACAGGCAAAAAGCGUGGUUUUGGUUUUGUUGAAUUUGAUGAUUAUGAUCCAGUAGAUAAAAUUUGUUUGCAACGUAAUCACCAAAUACGUGGCAAACAUGUAGAUGUUAAAAAGGCUUUAAGUAAAGCAGAGAUGGCUUCUGCAUCAGGAGGUGGUGGUGGUAGUGGAGGUGGUGGUAGCAGAGGAGGACAGAAUGUAGGAAGGGGACCCCGUGGUGGUAAUCAGGGUGGCGGUAAUUGGGGAGGACGAGGAAGUGGUGGCGGUGGUGAUUGGAAUAAUGGUGGUAAUCAGGGUGGUUAUGGUGGAGGUAAUCAAGGAGGUUGGGGCGGUAACGGUCCUUGGGAAAAUCAGAAUCAAGGUAAAGGAGGUGGCUGGGGAGGUCAAGGAGGUCAAGGUGGAUAUAAUAGCGGUGGAAAUUGGAGCAACGAUAACUUUGGAGGAGGUUACCAGCAAGGCUAUGGCGGUGGACCAGUACGGAAUAAUUUCAACUCUGGAGGAAGACCUGCACCCUAUGGUAUUAAUAUGGGUCCUAGUGGCCGACAAUCCGGAGACUCGAGAUGGCUACCACCCUUCGGUGGACAAGGUCCUAUGGGUGGUGGAAAUUCUGGAGGUGGUGGUGGUGGUUAUGGUAAUCAAGGAGGAUAUGGAGGUAGUUCUCUUGGUGGUGGAAACAUGGGGGGUGGAGGUGGUGGAGGUGGAAGAAGAUACUAAAAUGCAUUAUCACUGGUUACUUCCCUCAUGUGGUGAACCUACUACUUGUCUUCUAGUCGCCAGUACUUCUGUACUGUUUAGUAUUGGAGCAGGCAGGGCUAUAAGGCUAGAGACAAGACCAGGCAGGACAAUCAGGAUACAGGACAGAGAAGCGUCAUCUUAAUAGAUCACAGUGAGGGAGGCUUUUACUUGUAUUUCUUUUGGUAUUUAGCACCUAUUGCAUAUAUCUAUAUUCAACUAUUUAUGUGAAAAUACUGCAUCACAAUUUUCUAGAUUGUGUCUGAACUCAUUGUUUGGCACAUAUAAUAUCCCCUGAAAAAGAAACAAUUAUUAACGUGUAAUUAUCGUCAUUGUUAGUAAAAAAAGAUAUGGAUUAAUUUGAUUAUUCAGUUACAAUGGCUAGGGAUACAUCCGUGCCAUCCAAAUAUUAAACUUUGUAACAUUUUAUUAUACUUAUUAUUGUGUAACAUCUUUGAAAGUGACUACAGAUCUAGGAUUUUAGAUAUUGGAGAGCACGAUUGUUUCUCUAAUUUAAUGAAAUAUAUCAAUAUAGCGGUAUAUGUAAGAAUCUAGGUUUUGAUAUGUUGAUGAUUUGUUUCAUAAUAAGCAAGGUGGUUCUUAUAUAGACUAAACAUCUCAGGAUAAAAGGGAAAUUGCAUGAGAAAAAUGUUAAUACAAAAUGAAAUUAAUGAGUUUGCAAAAGAACCAGGUACAUAAAUAUCAGUUAGCAUUUUUGUAGGUUACCUAGAUUAAUUAAUUAUUUAAGUUGUAAUGUUUUAAGAGUUAGUUAAUAAAAAUGACCAGAACCUUCCACGUCACUUUUUAAUUUACGAAAUAAAAUGUCCAUAGCAUAGGAUAAGUAAAAAGUACAAGAAGAUGUAUCAGUUAAAGGAAUAGGGAAGUAUAGUUAGAUAAGGGUAUAUUUGAUUAUUAUAUAUAAAUAAUAAUGGAAAAUUUCAAAUAUUAUGUAUAGAAAGCAUUCUUGUAUUUUCUGUCUGUGUAGU